AGGAUUUCUUCCUCUCUGAGCCUGUUCUUCUCUGACCUCAGCAACAAACUCUGCAGUUCCGCCAAUAAGGAAACCUCCUCCUGCUCAGAUCAAGCCUUCUGAGAAAUGAGCUGCCAAUGAGUCACCGUCGAGGUAAUCAGUCAACUCUGCUUGGCCUGGAGGUCUUCUAGAGGGUUGGGCCUCCUCGCCAUCAUGAAAGGGUUGGGGACCAACCGUAACAGACACCUGUCUGACUCCUGUGAUCCUUCCUCAGGCCAUCCAGAGGCCCUCUACCCUCAGAAGACCAGCACCCUGCCACGCAGCCCUUACCUGCUGAGCCCCACAAUGGACCACUAUGGCACCAUGGACCCCCAGCUCUAUCCUUCAGCCAACCCAGGCUCCUUUCCACCAGACUGCAUGCUGCCCCUCAACAACCAGCUGUCCAACAGCAGCACCUUCCCCAGGAUUCACUACAACUCCUACGACCAGUCUGACUUCUCCCCACCUGGGGACAGUAUCGGGGGGAUAAGUACAGGGACCAUGGGGACAUCCAUGUCCAUGGGUAUGGGAACGGGCAUGGGCAUGGCAGGGUUGAGUGCACGAACACCUAUGAUUACGAGCGGCUCAGCAACUAUUUCACAUCAUAUGACCAAGAACCAGGCACCACCCAGUCUGCUGGAGUUUGAAAAGCAGCUACCUGGAGGCCGUGACGGAUUCAGCACAUUGCAGUUCCAUCGAACGUCUGCCGUUGCUGCUGCCAAGCAGCGCACAGACAGUCCUGGUCGCAUCCGUUAUAUGCUGCACUCAGUGCAGAAGCUCUUUGCAAAGUCCCAGUCACUGGAAAGCCACAACAUGAAAGGAAAUGUGAAUGGACGCUCCGACGGCAGUGGUGGAGGCUCGUCUGGCACAGAGGAUGGAGGGAAGCAGAAUCGCAGAUCCAAAAGUAAAGAUCGGGGUACAAAAUCAGAGGCGACUGCCAAGAGACGGCCACGCUCCAACAUGUCAGGUUACUGGAGCUCAGACGAUUUGGACAGCAGCGAUCUGAGCAGCUACCAUAACACCAUGGCCAUGAUGACUCUAGGGCGUCCAACUGGCCACGAGAGCCAAGGGGGCCAGAGCAGAUACAUCCACAGUGGUUACAACACUAUCAGCUCCUCCAAAAGCAGCAAUGACAUGAAGUAUCAAGCACUUCCUGGGCCUGGGAGUGGAGGAGGGGGUGGACUAGGUGGAACAGGAGGUAUGAUAAUGAAUGAUAAUGACUAUAUGAAAGGAGGGUCCUGGUCCACAUUGACUAUGGGCCAGCCAAGACAGGUGAUCCACAAGGGCUCAGCUACUCUGGACAGAUCCAUGCUCAAGUCUAAAUCCUGCCAACAGGAACUAACCUGCAACUACCUGCAGGUUGGACGAAGGGGUGAUUGGAGUAGCACAUUAGGCCGCAGCGGGGGUGCCAAUGAAAUCCCAUGUCGGCGGAUGCGCAGUGGUAGCUAUGUGAAAGCCAUGGGAGACAUGGAAGACAGCGACGACUCGGAGGGAAGCCCCAAACCCUCUCCAAAAACUGCUGCUCGCCGCCAGAGCUACCUCAGGGCUACGCAGCAGUCUCUGAGCGACCAGCUACCCCCACGCAACAGAACCCUGGAGUACACCUUGUUGCAGGGGGAGCUGGAUGCCCUGUGGUCUCCACUCCACAGUGUGUCCUCUCUGCAUCAGCUGGGCAGGUCAAUGAGCAGCUGUCUUCCAUCUCUCAGAGAGCUCUCCAAUAACCGCAGCCUAGACAACCUUGACUGCAUUGGGGGCACAGGCUCAUCUUUGCCACACUGGGAUGAUGAUGACUUCAGCCAGGCCUGCAGCACCUUGGGCAGACGUAGCUGCAUUGGACAGUUACGGGACCUGGAAAUGAGCCAUCAUUAUGAGGACCGCAGCUCUGAGUCCACGUUCAGAGAUUCCCGUUCCCAUUCUCAGGACAACCCAGAGCCUCCAGACUUGCCCAUGCCAACAUGCUUCCGAUCCCGCAGCCACAGCUACCUGAGAGCCAUCCAGGCCGGCUGUUCCCAAGAUGACGACACAGCAUCCAUAGACUCUGGCUGCUCUCCACCCCCGACUGACACCACUGUUCGCACCUACAGCACCAGCACUGACGACCUUUCUACCCAAUGGAAGACAUGGAAAGAACAGUUUGGCUCAUACCUGAUAGCAACAGGCUUGGACAAAGCCCCAAAGGAGAAACAACUUGCAAUUUUUCUGCAGCGUUUGGGGACAGACAGACAACGCAUCCUACCCUCACACACAGUCUCUACAUGCAUAACCACCUGUAAGAAGGCUGCUCCCCCACCAGUGCCACCCCGUACAACCUCCAAGCCCUACAUUUCUGUGACCGUACAGAGCAGCACAGAGUCAGCCCAGGACAACUACCUGGAUCAGCAGGACCGGAGGUCAGAGGUCAACAGCCAGUCUAGCCACGCUCACAGCAACUCCUCUGACAGCCUUGAUAGCACCCGUGCAAACAGCCUGGCCCGGGGUAUUCCCCGCCCUCCGCAUAUCAUCCCCACUCCUAUUGCCACCCCGAGAGAGCCAAUUGCUCCCACCACAGCCAAUGCUUCCACUGAGACGAGUGACUCAGUAGUCCAGCAUGAAUCCUUGAAAUCAGGAUUAAAUAAAGGGAAUCUAGUGGCAGAAGAGCCCCUAGUGGCCCCAGUACCCAGGCGGAAACUGUCCUCCAUUGGCAUACAGGUUGACUGUAUUCAGGAAGUUCCACGAGAGGAGACCCCACCACUGGCCAAAUUUCAGUCAAUAGGAGUACAGGUGGAGGACGGGUGGCAGCAGAGUCGCUCCAGUAGCAUGGCCUCAAAACAAGAAACAGACUCAGACACACAAGACAUCUCCAUCAUCUCCCAUGUUAUUAAUACCAAAUCCACUGAGAAGAAAGUCAUGGUCAACAGUGCCAGCCAAUCCAUGAGCUCCCCUCCCGGACAAGACUCUUUAGACAACGGAGACACCACUGGCGACACCUCUUCACCUCCACCGCCCAGGCAGAUCCUCAACCGCUCCACCACACGAAGUAGCUCUUCCUCCUUCUCAGAAAGUCUGGACCCGGCGCUGGACCCCUCGUCUCUACCACCUCCAGACCCCUGGCUGGAGAGCGGGAAUGGCAGUAACAGCAGUGUACCCCAGAGCGGAGGAGGGGGUACACUGUGUCGGAGAGACGGCCACUGGUUCCUGAAACUGCUGCAGGCAGAGACGGGACGCAUGGAAGGCUGGUGCCAGCAGAUGGAGCAGGAGACCAAAGACAACCAGCUCUCAGAGGAGGUGCUGGGAAAGGUUCGCAGUGCAGUAGGAAGUGCCCAGCUCCUUAUGUCCCAGAAGUUCCAGCAGUUCCGGGGACUGUGUGAACAAAAUUUGAAUGUGAAUGCCAAUCCGCGACCCACAGCCCAGGAUCUGGCUGGUUUCUGGGACCUGCUGCAGCUCUCCAUCGAGGACAUCAGCCUCAAGUUCGACGAGCUCUACCAUCUCAAGUCCAAUGACUGGCAGCCUGUGCCGUCUGCGGCUGCCCAGUCGCCCCCUGAGCGGAAGGACGAGGAGAAGGUGGCCCCUCCAGCGUCAAAGAAGCCCGGUAAAGGACGACCAGCGCUGGGCCGCGAGAAGAGCGCUGACUCUUCAUCCACCUCUUCUUCGGCCUCGGCAGAGAAGCAGAGACAGGAGGCCCGCAAGCGUCUGCUGGCUGCUAAGAAGGCUGCCUCGUUUCGCCAGAACUCCGCCACAGAGAGCGCAGACAGCAUUGAAAUCUACGUCCCAGAGGCCCAGACUCGCCUCUGAGAGAGACAGUGACAAAGAAGGACGUAGGGGUCGGAUCAAAGGGUAGAUAAGUGUCACUGAAAUACCUGGAAAAAGUAGAGGAGGACUUUCGCAAUGCAAAUGGGCUACUCGGAAUGCAGAUGGAUGGAGGUGGGAGGAGGAGAGCUCAAAGGGGGUGGGGGUGUCAAUUUGGGCAUUUUUUGACACAUUCAUACAGUUAUAGGCUGGUCCUGGUGGCAUCAAACACUUAAUUAACAAAACAGAGAAAGAGACACUGAACUCAUGGACUUGACAGACUAUGAAGCAGGAGACUCGUCAUUUGAGGCUGCUACUGAAAACCUCAGCUGAUGAACUUUGUCAUUUCUUGUUACUACUCUUGAUAUCAUAAAUUGUUAAUGAAGGUAUUGUUAUUAUGACGAUUAUAUCCUAAAGAAUCUAUAUGAAGACUGUUUUAAACGUUCCUCUAUCUUGGCUAUAAGAUGUAUUAAGUGGACAGAAGACGAGCAUUAACGCCCUUCUGUCUCCCAUCGUCCUCCUCUCUUCCCAGAUCCUUGGCCAUCUUGUAGCUUUGCACAACACCGCCUUGUGGCCAUCACUCACACUGCGCACACUACAUCCACUGCACUCACACUCUACUCACACCUAUGUAUGUCUUCCUUGUAUUUAUUUGUUUACUUUAUUCAUCCUUUGUUUUGUACAAAAAAAAUCCACUUAGAUCAGGUUAUUAUGAAUAUUUUUGGUAUGAUGAAAUUGAAAGUCAGGUUUGAAGGGGUAUUUCUAUAGUUCCCUAGCAAUUAACUCGUGUGUGUGUGUGUUCUUCAAAAUGUUUUUAUGUCAAAAAGAUCUUAAACACUGGUGAGAAUCUUUAAAGUUUAGUUUCUUAAUGGUUUUGAAUGAAAGCACGUCCCUGUAUUAACAAUGACCGAGCGUGAGAAUCUCAGUUUGAGUCAAAAUGACAGUGGCCACAAUAUUACUGAAUAUAAUUUUCUUUCUAGGUAACACAACCUUUUUAGUUUGUUUUGCUUCUCUCUGUUCCAUUAACUUCAUGUUUGUGCUGUAACUGCAUAUACGUGAAUAUUUCAGUCUGUUUGAGGCUUCUUUAAGUGCUUUUAUUAACCUCAGUUAGCAUGCAGCUCAUGCAUCUCAGAUGAAUCUAGGGCUUUUAUUGAAGUAAUGCAGCAGGAUGCAGGAUAAUACUGUUUGUGAGGACACACAUUAAUACAUGUGUCUUGCUGUUAUUUUUAUACUAUGUUUCCAAAAGCAUUUAUGAUUUAUUUUGCUUCCAUCACUCAACAAAAUCAAUCUUAGUUUUUUGUUACCAUUAGCGUUUUUCCCGCCAUUGAACAUAGUCCAAAGUAUCUGCACUUUUUUUAUUCAAAGAAAAAGUAUUUAAUUAAAGCAUUACAUACAUUAGUCAUUGUGUAUUCAUCAUUUAUUAAAUGCUGCUUGCUUUCUUUUUUCAUGGAAGACUGCAUAAGCCAAAGAUGAAUUCACAGUUUCACAUUCAUCCCAUGUAUUUCAUUCAGCAGGGAACUCAACGGUAACUGCUUACUGUGAAAAUAGAUGGAGUGGACUGUUGCCACAGCACCACAUGUAUUACAGGUUCAAUGUUUAGAUAUGCACGUGCCCAGAAGCUUGACCAGCUCUGUAACAAUAAUGAGUUAUUGCUUUGAAGCGUUCAAGGCUGGUGGGAGCUGAAAAGUUCAGAGAUGUGACAUUUUUAAAUGGAACAUGAGCACUGAGCAGAGUUCGUGUACUACUCUUAAAGCAGGCAUCUGUUUACAUUGCUGUCCCCUCCUCUGCUUGGAAACUUGUCUCUUUUUGAACCAUUCCCUUCUGACCUCUAGAGGGCAACAGUGGUUAAUUUCAAUUUGAGGUAACAAGAUAUUGUUUUGUAUCUGUACAUUGAAAAGGCCUGCCCUGUUUUCCAUUAAGGAGUCGGACUGCGUGGAUGUCACAUAUUAACAGAAUCAGGAGGUCUGAUAGGAAGCCAUAGGAUUUCACACUAGUAGUACACGUCCAACCAUAAAGACAGCCCCAACAAGCCUUAGAUCAACUACAGGUCUUCCCUGUCUUAACUCACAUUUGAUUUCUUCCAAAUAGACUAAGUAAGUGGUAAAUAUUAGUAAACAAAUCCAAACCUCCCCCUCCUAAUUAGUUAUGUUAAACUGCUGCAGUGUCACUCCAUUGCUUUGACUGUUGUGAUUCCUCUUUCUCACCCACUGUGACUCAAAAAUGCAGCCUGGGGCUUUUGAAUUGGAAAAGCCCAAUGACCACCAUUCUUUCUCUAUCUUGGCAAAGAGCUUUCUCUUGAUGGCAGGUCUUUGUUUGCCUGUUGUGUUUGCCUGCUGGAGAUGACUCUCAGCGAGGAAAACGGCUCAGGGGUGUCAAUAGCCUGUUCCCUGGUUGCUGUCAAUGCCCCCCACCCCCUGCUCCCAUUUGACUGGGGUGGGUAGCAUCGUUAGCACCUGAAGGCCUUUUGUGUGACUCAGUCGUUGGCUUGAUUUGAUUUCUGACUGCCAGGAAAAAGGUUGUGUGUAUCUGACAAGUUGUUUUCCCAAAAUAAGCAAAGUGGAGGCUGUCUCUUUUAUGUGUGAACAGGCUUAUUGUCAGCAUAUUUCAUUGACUACUUUCAUUUUAAUUUCUUCUGUAUAUGCACCUGCUCCCAUGUUUAAGAAUAUACUUAAUGCACUGCACAAUUUCAAAUCAUAUCAUUUUCAAUUUUUUUUCUCCAUUGACUGCAGAUUGUUUUUCAGGCCUUUCAACUUUCCUCUCUCAAAACCCAAGGUCUGUGCCUGUUUGGAGCGCAGAUCAGACACAAUUUGGCAUCUAGGGAAGGAGGGCAGGAACACAGGGAAAGCUGUUCUAUGACCUAACCAUCACAAAAUGAAAACAAUUGCUGGAAUUUGGGAGUGUAAAAUGCCAAGACAUGUCAGUGACAUAUUUAAAGAGAAAAAAAGAGAGAGGCUGAUUUCAUACAUUUUAACAAGGCUUCUCUCCAAUACACACACAUAUCGCUGGGACACACCUAGGUCUAUUUCCUGGGUAGGGUUAUCAAUGAUCCAAACUGCUGCACUGUGGGGGUUGGGGAUUUUGCUGUAAAGCCAUUGAUUUGGGGGUGAUAAUGAUCUCCCAUUGGUUUGAUGGACUUGGCCUUUUAAAGUCAAAACUGUCAUAUUAAAAGCAUUUGCUUAAGCAGUGGUCUGUUUUGGUAAAGUGUAAUUUUGAGAAGUCAACCAGUCUUUUCAACACUAGUUCUCAGCUCUACUCUUCAAUGUGCCUCCUCCUUCAGCCAUAGAAAACAGUAGUUAAGUUGAUGGAUUAUGUUACCGUCUAUAAACGUGAAAGAAAGCAAUACUCUAAAAGUUAAACAAGAAGUGGAAAAUGUCAUUUACAGCAUGGCUGUGCCAUCUCUUCUGUUACACCAGUGUACCUUUAUUUGUUCCUCUAAAAAUAGGUUUGACAUCACUUUACACAUUGUAUAAACUUAAGCAAACCAUAAAGAUUGGUUUAUGUAUUUUGCCACUUUUUCUAUAUUCCAGGACAGAGAAAAAGUCACUUCAGUAUAGUCUACAGGAGACAGACAAAGAAGUUAAUCCCAGGAAGAGAGUUUACCUCAGCUGGGAUACCAGUGAAUCCACUCCCAUACAGUAGUCCAAAGGCCUGCUUGCAAAGAAAAAAAAAACAAGCUCAUUAGCAUCUCUGCUUUGUUUCCACUGAGUCGGACAUAAAACUGGGAAACAGGUGAGGGGCACAACGUAUGCUCUUACCACAAGAGAUAUGAUGUAGCAAAAAGCAUCUGUAAAAAUACUAGAACAAAUAUUUUAUGAAGCAAGCACAUAUUUUAAAGAGUAGGAUCUGUUCAGUAUAAUAUUCUAUAGGCUGUGUGUAUGUCAGGGUUUGUGAUGGGGGGGUGGUUAGUAUAAAAGAGUCCUACUGUUUGAGACAAAGUUGAGUGCGCAGGUGUGUUGUUCAUAAAAUGAGAUUUACCUAGAUUCUUGUCACUAUACUCUGGUAACGUUUAAAAUAUAUGUGCAAUACUGAGUAAAAGGGUUCUUUGAUAUUAAGAUGAAACUAUUAAUCUUGCAUUUCUCCCCCUCCUGUGCUUCUUAAAGUUGUCUUCUGUAAAUAAGAACAAAACCAGACUGAAAAAUCUUCAUCUUUUACAAUGCUCUAGAUCUAUUUAUACUAUUUCAAGGUUGUUCAAAUGUAUAAUGGAGAGACGUAAUGUUCAAUAAAAUGCACACAGUACUUUCUCAAACAAGUUCA